CAUUGUUCCAACUCCCUAGACACCUAGGUAGGUACCCAAAAAUAAUGAUCUUCUCACGCCCCCUUUCAUUCUUGUCAGAUCUCACCUUUCGUCCAACAAACCUCCGUCUUACUGUUUAGCAAAACGACCGCACAUGCUAUGGUCCAUGUGGCGCUGGUUACGUAGCCUCAUCUACACUCACAUAUUUGUCACUUCGUCAGCCGUCCGGCGCGACAAAUGUUCGGUAGAUUUGACCAAGCCAACAACCAAACAACACUCAUAUGUCAAAAAUUCCAGUUUGACACCAACCCGCCGACACUCAAAUACCUCAUUGUACCACGUGUCAGUCUACAGUUCUCCCCUGCUGUUCUUGUCUCUUUUUUCUCGAAUCUGCUUGUGUGUUGAUCACAUAGCGCGGUUGAUCAUCAUCACGUCUCCUUCUUCCCACAAGUUGAAAUCACAAAAUGAGCCCUCGUUCUUCAUUAAAAGUUAUAUUAACUCAAUCUUCUUGUGUAUCCCAUGUUCUUCCCCAAUAACGACCUCAGACCUGAGCUAGGAUGACAGCAGCAAAAACUAGAACCAACCUGCUCCUUACCAAAUAUUGCUUUCUUCAAGUUACUAUUCUAAUUUGCAUUUGCUCCCUCUAUAUAUCACCCUCACCGACUCCAUUGAAAGGAAAGAGGUAAAAACACAAACUGCCAAACGGGGCAAACCAUGUCUAUCUCGCCCCCUAAACUAACGCCCCCAGCAAGGCAGCCCAGCAUGCACGACUUGAGACACGAGUAUUACAUCUC